AUGACUUUCGCAGACGAGAUUCACACCUUCCACUCUGGCAGGCCACAGCCUCAAACGUCAUCUCCCUCGACGACGUUCAAAUCCAUCGAUCCGACCACCGGCAAGCCUCUCGCAACCAUCUACACCACCACUCCCCGACAGCUCGACGACGCCGUACGCGAUGCGCAAGCAGCCUUUGCCCACUGGUCGCAAACCCCGGCCCCCAAGCGAGCCGCCAUUCUGCUUCGCGCCGCCGCUCUCCUCCGCCAGCGCAACGACGAUCUCGCCCUCACCGAAACCCUCGACACGGGCAAGGCCUGGUCGGAGACGUCCACCGUCGAUGUGGUCACGGGUGCCGACGUCCUCGAGUACUACGCCCAUUUCAUCGCCGGUGGCCUGCCCGGCCGGCAUACCCGCCUCCGCCCGGAUGCGUACAUUCUGACCAGUCACGAGCCGCUGGGUAUUUGUGCCGGGAUCGGUGCCUGGAACUAUCCAAUCCAGAUUGCGCUGUGGAAGUCGGCAGCGUGCUUGGCCGCCGGCAACUGCAUGGUGUACAAGCCCAGCGAGGUGACGCCUCUGCACGGAAACGCCCUGGCCCAGAUCUACAUGGAGGCCGGCCUGCCCGCCGGCGUCUUCAACGUCGUCUACGGCGACGGUCCCGCCGUCGGUGCGCCGCUCGUUGCCCACCCGGGCAUUGCAAAGGUGAGCUUCACCGGCCAGGUGAGCACCGGCAGCAAAGUGGCCAGCGAGGCCGCCAAGGGCAUCAAGAGCGUCACCGUGGAACUCGGCGGCAAGAGUCCCGUCGUCAUUCUGCCCGACGCCGAUGUCGCCGAAGCAGCCGACGUCGCCAUGGCCGCCAACUUCUUCUCCACCGGCCAGGUCUGCACCAACGGCACGCGCGUCUUUGUCCCCGACACUCUGCUCGCGGCCGUCGAAGAGGCACUCGUCCAGCGCUGCCGCGAGGGCAUACGGAUGGGCCUGCCGCGCGACGAGAGGACCAAUUUCGGCCCCGUCGUCAGCGCCGCCCAGCGCGACAAGAUCAACAUGUACAUCAAGCACGGCAAGGACGUCGACCGCGCCAAGGUCCUCUACGACGGCUCUGUCGAUGCCCAAAGGAACAAACCCACCCCCGGUGGUUUCUGGGUCCCGCCCGUCAUCUUUACCAACUGCACCGACGAGAUGCGUGUGGCUCGCGAGGAGAUCUUUGGUCCCGUCAUGUGUGUUCUGCCGUACCGGGUGGAGGGCAGGUCUCAGGAGGACUGGGUGGCAGACGUGACUCGGCGGGCAAACGACACGCCCAUGGGUCUCGCCGCCGGCGUGGUGUCGGGUGAUGUCGGUCUUGCGCAGGCCGUGUUGAGACGGUUGGAUGCGGGCAUCACGUGGAUCAACACGUGGGGCGAGUCGCCGGCGGAAAUGCCAGUGGGAGGAUGGAAGAUGAGUGGCAUCGGCUUGGAGAAUGGACACGAAGGCAUCCAGGCGUACAUGAGAGUCAAGAGCACCCUGGUACAGCUGGGCAAGGGCGCCUGCAAGGGACUGUUUGCCAAGCUGUGA